GCAGGCGGCUGAGACAGGGGAAUUAAAGUUGUGGAAACAUAAUUUGUGAUAUCAGUUGUUUUAUUGGUGAGCAGCCAUUUAUGAUUCUGGAAGAUUAAGGCAGACAGGAAGCUCCAUCUGAGAUUUUAACAAAGCUCUGAAACAACAAACUACACCAUGGAUGCAAAGCUGGACCCUUCCAGAGAUGACCUGCCUCUCAUGGCCAACACCAGCCACAUACUUGUAAAGCACUAUGUACUGGAUUUCAAUGUGGACUUUGAAAGUCAAGUCAUUGAGGGUAACAUAGUGCUUUUCUUUGAGGACAGAAACAGAUUCAAGAAACAAAAUAGUUCCACUGAGGAAACCUGCCAAUUGGAGUCAAACGAAUCCCGCAAAUUUAGGACACCCGAACCCUGCAUUAUUCCUGUGACAGAUGCAAGGACCUUCUCAUCUAAAAUGGGAUAUAGUGAUUUUGCAAUCUGUAGUAAGAGUGAAAAAGAUACUUCUGAUAAAGAUGGUAACCAAGACAACCGGGAACAGGCUUCUGGGAUUUCUAGCUCGAAGUACUGCUGUGACACAGGGAAUCAUGGGAGUGGGGAUUUUUUGCUAGUGCUGGACUGCUGUGAUUUAUCUGUGUUAAAGGUUGAGGAGGUGGAUGUUGCUGCUGUUCCAGGUAUUGAAAAAUUUACAAGGUCUGCCAAGUUCACGGUUGUUUCUGAGAAGCUCAGGAAUCAGAUUGUACAUGAACUGGUGACUCUGGCUGCAGAUCGUUGGAGGGAGCAGUUAGACUAUUACGCUCGCUGCAGCCAGGCUCCUGGCUGUGGGGAACUCUUCUUUGACACUAACACUUGGAGCUUACAGAUCAGGAAGACAGGGGCUCCGACAGCUACUGACUUUCCUCAUGCCAUCAGGAUAUGGUACAAAACCAAACCCGAGGGACGAUCAGUUACAUGGACUUCAGACCAGAGUGGCAGGCCAUGUGUUUAUACUAUGGGAUCUCCCAUAAACAACAGGGCCCUUUUUCCAUGCCAGGAGCCACCCGUUGCCAUGUCAACAUGGCAGGCUACAGUUCGAGCAGCUGCAUCUUUUGUUGUUUUAAUGAGUGGGGAAAAUUCUGCCAAGCCAGCACAGCUUCGGGAAGGGCUCUUAAGCUGGUAUUACUAUGUAACCAUGCCGAUGCCAGCCUCCACCUUCACAAUUGCAGUGGGAUGCUGGACAGAAGUGAAGCCAGAGACGUGCUCAUCAAAUGAUCUGGCAACAGAGGGACCCUUCCCACCUUCCGAGGCAGACUUCAGGUAUGCUGAUGUUUGUGGUCACAUGGAAUACCCCUGCCGCUUCCAGAAUGCUUCUGCCACCACCCAGGAGAUCAUUCCUUAUCGAGUCUUUGCCCCGUCUUGCCUCAGCGGCGCCUGCCAGGAGACCCUCUUGCGGCUCAUCCCUCCUUGCCUCUCAGCAGCACAUUCUGUCCUGGGAACACACCCGUUCUCCCGGCUGGAUGUACUCAUCGUCCCUGCCAACUUUCCGAGUCUGGGGAUGGCCAGACCAAGUAAAGAGAAAACUGGCUAUGUGAGUGACUCGGGAGCAUCUGUUAUCAAACACGGACUCAAUCCAGAGAAAAUCUUCAUGCAGGUUCAUUAUUUAAAGGGCUACUUCCUUCUUCGGUUCUUUGCCAAAAGACUUGGAGAUGAAACCUAUUUUUCAUUUUUGAGAAAAUUUGUGCAUACAUUUCAUGGGCAGUUGAUUCUUUCCCAGGAUUUCCUUCAAAUGCUGUUGGAGAACAUCCCAGAAGAAAAAAGGCUUGAGUUGUCUCUUGAAAACAUCUUCCAAGACUGGCUUGAGAGUUCCGGAAUACCAAAGCCGCUGCAGAGGGAGCGCCAGGCCGGGGCGGAGUGCGGGCUCGCGCGGCGAGUGAGCGCUGAGGUCACGAAGUGGAUCCGAGUGAACCGGAGACCCCGAAAACGGAAGCGCAGGGCGAGCGCGGAGGUGUUUGAGAAGGGUAAUUGCCGGGUGGAGCUCACGGUCCGGGGCGGAGCGCGGCGGCGGCCUGUGCGGGGAUUGGCUUGGGGAGCAGGAGGCGGUGCCCGGGGCGGCGGCGCGAUAUCAGCCGGCGCGGGGCAGUGCAGGUGCAGGAGCAAGAGCGCCCGCCCGUCCGCCGGCGGCGACCCAGCUUUUUCCAGACCAGCUGGUCCUGCUUUUGGAGUGUCUCUUGGAGCAAAAGACCUUGAAACCCCGAACUCUGCAAAGCCUCCAGAGGACGUACCGCCUCGACAGUCAGGAUGCAGAGGAGCCAGGUGCUCUGUGUGGAUUACCGUACAUCACCCUCCACAGGGCCGUUGGUGGAGGAGUACCCUCGCCAUCUUCGCCAGACUCUGGACUGCGCCAGCCCUGCCACCUCCAGGCCCAGCUGCUUGUCUGUCGCCAGCUGUCUGCGCUGGCCACUCAGGAGGGAAAAGAGGAGCAAGUUCUUGGCAGGCCAGGUGCCAGGCGCAGAUCUGUCAGGAAGCAGCCGGAACGGGGGCACAGGCACUGCAGGUGCCCAGGAUCCUGCGCCUCGCCACUAGGAGCAGCUCUGCAUCUUCUGGCUUCUCCGGCCCUUUCCCUGGUCCUGCGCUCUUACUCUUUUCUGCUCACCCGCCCUCCUCUCCUCCCACACUUGCUCUCGCUGCCCUUUUCCUUAACUGCUUACAUCUUGGUCUGGUCAACGGGGUUGGUGGGAUUUAGGGCUAAAACGUACGCUGACUCCCCGCUUUCAGAGGGUUCCUAGCAUGAUGUAGAAUGACU